UAUAUGCAUAUAUUAGAAGCAAAUUAAAAUAGAGUUCUUCAAUUCACUCUUCGUGAAGUGUUAAUUAAUUAAGAAAUUAAAAUAAAUGGGAGACUUGUUACCAAAAGAUGGUAUUUGGUCUGCUCCCAUGACGCCUCAACGCCCGGCGCCGCCCGCUAUGACACCGCCCAUAGUGUCGGCUCCGCCUUCGCAGCUCCACUCGCCAUCCAUGUCUCGAUCUCCGCUGCUGACCACCGAGGACCUCGCCGGUGCAGGAGACGGAUCAGCUAGCGCGCCCUACAAGACCCCAACUAAGUCGCGAACUCCGGCGAGGUUCAUAACGCCGUUGGGAAGCCCGCUGAAGAAGGCUUUGAAUAUGACGAGGCUGGACCCACAAGACGCGUGGCUGCCCAUCACGGGGUCAAGAAACGGAAACGCUCUUUAUGCCGCCUUUCACACUUUGUGCUCUGGAAUUGGCAUUCAAGCCCUCGUUCUCCCCGUUUCCUUUACUUUUCUUGGCUGGACGUGGGGGGUGGUGUGCUUAACAGUAGCGUUUAUAUGGCAACUUUACACACUCUACCUAAUGGUUCAACUCCAUGAGAACGUCGACACUGGAGUUCGUUAUAGCAGAUACAUGCAAUUAGCUAAUUCCACCUUCGGAGAGAGACCGGCAAAAGUUUUUGCGGCAUUUCCAAUCGCGUAUUUAUCAGCAGGAACAUGUACAACACUAAUCAUCAUCGGCGGUUCAACGGCCAAAAUGCUUUACCAGACAAUAUGUGGUGGUGGCACGUGUGCCUCAACCUCCGAACCGUUGACCACCGUAGAGUGGUAUCUGGUGUUCACAUGCUCCGCCGUCAUCCUCUCUCAACUCCCCAAUUUAAACUCCAUUGCCGGAGUUUCACUCCUCGGAGCUCUCACCGCCAUCGCGUACUGUACCCUUAUAUGGUCAGUCUCCGUCGCAAAGGGCAGCCUCCCGGACGUGUCAUAUCAUCCCAUCAAACGUGGUGGCCGGACGGAAAUAGCGAGGAUCCCCGACAUCCUCAACGCUAUUGGUAUCAUUGCGUUUGCCUUCAGAGGUCACAAUCUAAUCCUUGAGAUACAGGCAACAAUGCCGUCGAGUGAAAAGCAGCCGUCGAAAGUGCCGAUGUGGAGGGGUGUGAAGUUCGCAUACCUUCACGUAGCACUGUGUUUGUUCCCACUCGCAAUAGGUGGCUACUGGGCCUACGGUCAACUGGUCCCACCCACCGGCAGCGGCAUGUUGACCGCCCUCUACGCUUUCCACCGCCACGACGUCGCCAGGGGCGUCCUGGGCCUCAUCAGCGGCUGCGUCAUAGUCAACGCACUAAGCUCUUUCCAGAUCUACGCCAUGCCCGUGUUCGACGACAUGGAGUCUGUUUACACCAAGAAGUGCAACAGGGCCUGCCCGUGGUGGCUCCGGGGGAUUUUCCGGGCGUUUUUCGGGUUUUUCUCGUUCUUUGUGGCCGUCGCCGUUCCAUUCUUGGCCAGCUUCGCCGGUCUCAUCGGCGGGAUUGCUUUGCCGGUUACUUUUUCCUACCCGUGUUUCAUGUGGCUUAAGGUGAAAAGGCCGAAGGCGUACGGCCCGAUGUGGUGGGUCAACUGGGUUCUGGGCCUUAGUGGUAU